AAAAAAUCAAAUCAAAGCGUGCUCCCCCUUCCCGAAAAAGCCGAUGGGUCACCAUCCCCAUUUUUCCCAAAAAUGACAACCCGCCUACCCCGGUUUUCAGUCUGUCCAGCCCGUAAAUCCGCGAAAAAACAGAAAAACCAGACCUCAGAAUGGUGCUAUAGUAUAUUAUCAGCUUCAAAUUCGCCAUUAAUGGCCUGGAAAAGCUGAGGUACGAAAGGAUUCAUCUCAGAAAUUCGAAUUUCCUCCUUUCCGUUUUUUCAGUCUGAGGUUUCAAAUCCGGACUUCAAGUCCGGAUUUAUACCUCUAAAUGUGGGUCUUCCGUUCCCAUGAAAAAGGGAGACAGAGAGAGAAAAAAAAAAGCAUAGAAAUUUUUUUUUGGAAAGCUUUAAAUCCAUAAGAAAAAAAAAAGUUUAAGGAGGAAGAGGUCAAAAAGGGGGAAAAGGAAAAACAGUGAAAAAAAAGAGGGAGCAGGUUCUCUAAACAGACGAAGAGAAUUCAAAAAUUCAAACGAAAAAAAGGCAAAGUUUUGGAAUCAGUGGAGAAGGGGGAAAAACAUAGUCUGAGUUCACAAAAAAAAAGGAGUGAAAAAAUAGUAAGAACAAGGGAAGAAACAGAAAAAAAAAAAAAAAAAAAGCAAGCAAAAGGCGUCUCGAAAAUUGUUAGCCUCUUACCAUUGGUUCGAAUUCAAAGCCUCGAAGUUGAGUUUGUUGCUGGAAAUCUUUCAGCGUUAAAGCCCCGGUUUCGCUGCCCCUAAAAAGGUAAAGAAAUUUCGAUCGUCACACCACACCUUUACGUGGUACUUCAAGAACAUAUUAGUACCUCAUUGGACUCAGCGGCUCGAAAUCCAAGAUCUUUGCUUUUGAGUAGAGGGAUUGAAUUUCGAUCAUUUCACCACACCUUGGUGGUAAUUCAGGUACAUAAUACCUCUUCGGUUCAACUUACGUGAUAUCUUCGUUCUUGCUCUUCCUAAAUAUUCGAGGCCUCAACCCAAAAUCCUACUUCUUACAUCUCACCAAGACUUGAUGGCAGCCGCCAACACACAACAGAAUCUUGCUACUACUUUCCAACAAAACUAUGACAAAUAUAGUGAACUAAAAGCCUUUGAUGAGACAAAAGCAGGAGUCAAAGGGCUUAUUGAUUCUGGAAUUACUAAAGUACCUAAAAUAUUCAUCCAUCCAGAAGCCUUACAAAAUAACCCCUCAAAUCCCAAAAAUACAAAUCCCAUUUUCCCUUUAAUAGACCUCCAAAACAUCAACAACAACAAGAAGGAAAUUGUUAAACAAAUUCAAGAAGCAUCAGAGACAUGGGGUUUUUUCCAAGUGAUCAAUCAUGGUAUUCCAAUGUCAAUCCUAGAUGAAAUAUUGCACGGGGCACGACAUUUUCACGAGCAAGAUGUUGACAUUAAAAAACCAUACUAUAGUCGAGAUGUUGCAAGGAAUGUUAUGUACAAUUCCAAUUUUGAGUUGUUUAGUGAAAAAUCUCUUGGAGCAAAUUGGAGAGACUCACUUUACUCUGUCAUGGCUCCUUAUCCUGCUAAGCCUGAGGAAUUGCCUGACACGUGCAGGGAAAUUGUAAUUGAGUACUCAAAUCAUGUGAUGAAAUUGGGAUACACAUUGCUUGAAUUAUUAUCACAGGGACUUGGUCUCGAACCAAACCAUCUCAAAGAAAUGGGAUGUGCUGAGGGGCUAGGCAUUUUGUGCAAUUACUACCCUUCAUGCCCACAACCAGAACUUGCAAUAGGCACAAGUAAACAUGCUGAUAAUGACUUUUUCACAGUUCUUUUGCAAGAUGAUAUUGGUGGACUUCAAGUUCUUCACAAGGAUCAAUGGGUUGAUGUUCCUCCUACUCAUGGAGCUUUAGUUAUCAAUAUUGGUGACAUUCUUCAGCUUAUAUCUAAUGACAAGUACAAAAGCAUAGAGCAUAGAGUGUUGGCAAAUAAAAUUGGUCCAAGAAUAUCAGUAGCAAAUUUCUUUACCACAGGGGCAUUGACAUCUUCCAGAAUUUAUGGACCAAUUGAGGAGUUACUAUCAAAAGACAAUCCUCCAAAAUAUAGAGCAACAACAGUGAAGGACUUCUUUGAAUAUUCUAGCAAGAAAGGACUUGAUGGCAAGUCUAAUUUGGAUCACUAUAAAAUUUGAACUUUUUUUUUUGGUUUAUCACUAAUAUUUGAUACUUAUAUUGAAGGCUGACUAUAGUUGAAUUACACAUUGUUGGGAAAGAUGAGCCACAAGGGCCUUCCAAGUUUUCAACUAAAAAAAGGGGACAAGUGGGUCUCACAAAUUUGUCCCUUGAACAACUGAGAUAAUUGUUGAACAACUUCACAAAGUUGUCGAACAACUAUGCCUAGUUGUUCAACAACCGGGACAAGUUGUUAACUCAAUCACUUAUUGGACAACUUAUUUGUCCUUUUUAAUCCAAAGUUCCCUCAUUUUGGAGUUGAAA